GUCGGCAGCCCGGGCCCACUGAGACUUGCCGGGCCCUAAGUGACCACUACUGCAUUCAGGCACGAAUAGAUGCAAGCUGUUUGGGCCCGACGUGCAUGAAAAUCCCAUUUGAAUACCACCCAACCACUUCAGACAGGAGAUCAGGCACAACAAAACAGUUGAACCGCCCCCAUUGGGUCCAAUUCUGAGUUGGAUGCAGAUGUGUAGUGUGGUCCAUGGCACACAGAUCAAGCAGAUUAAUCCCGCCUUCUCUGGACCAAGAGAUAUGAUUGGCCUCGAAGUCUCACCGGAGAGCUCGUUAGUGGAUGAGCCAGUGAAGAUCCAGGCCUGGGGCCUCCUACCACAGCAGACCAUCACCCUGAGAGCAUGGCUGGAGGAUGAGAAAGGGCAGAUAUUUUCCUCCAGAGCUUUCUAUAGGAGUGAUAUGGAGGGGAAAGUAAACCUGGAAAGCUCACCAGCGAUUGGUGGAGAUUUUGAAGGUGUUUAUCCUAUGGGUCUGUUCUGGUCUCUGAAGCCAUCCAUCCCAUUCUUCAGGCUGAUAAAACGUGAUGUGAUGGGAAGCCCCUGGUAUAUUCACCUGGAGCUGUAUCCUUACCAGGUGAUAAGCCCACUGCAUGAAGAAACCCCCCGUGUUAGUAAAAUCAUAGAAAGAUGGUAUGUGAGUCCUGGGGUACAGAGACUGCAUAUAAGAAAAGGCCGAGUCAGAGGAGCGCUCUUCCUCCCACCAGGCGAAGGUCCAUUCCUGGGAGUGGUUGACAUGUUUGGUGGCAUUGGAGGUCUUACAGAAUUCCGAAGCAGUCUCCUUGCCAGCCGUGGCUUUGCCGCUCUUGCGUUAGCUUAUUUUGCUUAUGAGGAUCUUCCAAAAUCUCUAAUCCAUGCAGAUCUAACAUAUUUUGAAGAAGCGGCUCAGUAUCUGCAAAGUCAUCCAAAAGUGUCGGCAGCUGGAGUGGGAGUGAUUGGUAUAUGCAAAGGAGCCGAGAUGGCUCUGGCUAUGGCCUGUUAUUUGCCCCAAGUUCGUGCGACGGUCUGUAUCAAUGGAACCAAUGCUGUGAAUGUCAACAGUCUUGGCUAUGGUGAUUUGCUCCUGAAUGGGAUUCCCUACCAAGCAGAAGCAGGUCUGGUCACAGACAUUGGGGCUCUCAAAAUUAGUAAAGCUUUUGGAGACCCAAGAACGCCAGAGCACCAGGAUUCCAUACUUCCUCUUGAGAAAGCCAGAGGUCCUAUCCUCUUCUUGGUAGGAGACAAUGACCAGAUCUAUGACAGUUUGUUUUUUGCUAAGGAAGCGUUAGCCAGGGCUCAAAAGUAUGGCAAGAAGGAUGUGUACAUGCAGUGUUACCCCGGGGCUGGGCAUCUCAUAGAGCCACCAGGCUCCCCCUUUUGUCCAGUGUCACAAUAUCCUUUCUUGCCACUUCCUUUGAUGUGGGGAGGGGAGCUCCUGCCUCACUGCAGAGCGCAGGAAGACAGCUGGAGAGAAAUCCAGGACUUUCUGCGCAGAAAUAUACCGCACUCUCCCCGGAAUAAAUUGUGAUGGAUUUAAUAUCAGCAAUCGAAACCAGUUGCCAAAAAAAAAGGUGGAGAACGCUAACUAGUGCAACGGCUGUCACUGCCUGGACCAGGCUGAAGGUCACAAAUAAGAUUAUGAAGACAUUUGUUUUAAUGCAUUUAUUGCUUUGAAGGGACCCAAUGACCCUCAAAUAUCUCAUAUACUGUACAGUAAAUAAAUAAUUCUUUAGCUAUCCUAAA